AUGACAGCCCCAUCCCGCUCCCCCUCCCCAGCAGGUCCUCCACCCACACCCUCGACACCCGGUCCACGCGCCAGCGCGCUCCACAAACUCUACAACGACGCCAUCCAGCACAUUCUCAAAACCUGCUCCUACACCAACUUCGCCGCAUGUUUCCCCACACCGGCCACAUGCGUACCCGGGUCGGUGAAAUUGUUACACGAGCAAUUUACGCAGAAAUUGGGCGAGAGUAUGCGCAAGGAAUUCGAGGAGAUUUUGCUCGAGAGGAAUGUCGUGGCUUCGUUGAAUGAACUGGAUCGGUUGAUUGAGGAUGCGAGGAGGAGGAGGGAGAGGGAUAGAGAGAGGAUGGGUCAAGGGGGGGAGGUGUUGGUGCCUGUUCCGGCGCAUACGUUGCCCGCGCGGCAGUUGUAUAUCAGUCAUUUGGCGCCGACGUUGGCCGAGUGGGAGAGGAGUAUGAGGGAGAGGCAGGAGGAGUUGGGGAGGGAGAAUGAGGAGAUUAUGGAGAGGGUGACGCAGCAGAGGAGGGAUAUUCAGAGGUUGAUUGGGGGAUUGGAAAGUGUGGUGGAGGAUUUGAAUGGCAGUGUGCGGGCUUUGCAACCGGAGCAGAUGGAAGGUUUGAGAGAGGAGGCGAGAGAGGCUGAUCAAGCAUUGAGAUGA